ACCUAUUGUCAAACAGAAAUAAAGAUCCUGGCGCCAAAAACAGAACUUCUCCGUACGAUUUGAUCAACAUUUAGUUAACAUUAAGUCUUAAUGAAUUAAAAUGGCAACACAGAAACGUAAAAACGAUUAUCCUAGCGCAGCCUCGAAGAAAUUCAAAAAUGAUACCUUUUUACGUCCUCCAGUGGGCAAAUUGGACCCCGGUCAAACCCUCAUAUUUCAAGAAUUGGAACUGGACUUUUACAUUGGAAAUGUCUACAUGGGUAUGCCAGGUGCACAGACUGGUAUGGUACCAAUUAUGAGGAUGUUCGGAGUGAAUAAGGAAGGAAACAGUGUCUGCUGCCAUAUCCACGGAUUUUCGCCUUAUUUUUAUGUGAACUUGCCAGAUUCUUUCAAAGAGUCAGAGCUGGGAGCUUUUAAAAACAAAUUGAAUGAUGCUCUACUUGCUGACAUUAGAGGAGGCAAUAAAGAAAAUAUAUCUGAAGCUUGUUUGAUGGUUGAGAUUAUUAAGGGCAAAUCAUUGGUAGAAUACACUGGAGAAGACGAUAUGACCUUUGCCAAGAUAACUGUGGCUCUUCCUAAGUUUAUACCAGCUGCCAAAAGGCUGCUGACUACACAAAUUGUAUAUGAACCUUUGCAGAAUCAUGUGUUCUCUAUAUUUGAAGCCAAUGUGGACAUUGAAACAAGAUUUAUGGUGGACCGAAACAUUCUGGGUUGCUGUUGGAUAGAAAUUCCCGGAAACAAAUGGCAUCUGAGGACGGAAACCUCCACAUUCCCUAUCACCUCGCGCUGUCAAAUCGAAAUCGACGUGUCGUUCGAAGACUUCAUCGCCCACGAUCCCGAGGAUGGCGACUGGGCGGCGGUGGCACCCUUCCGCAUUCACAGCUUCGAUAUCGAAUGCGCCGGCCGCAAGGGCGUCUUCCCUGAACCGAAUGUCGAUCCGAUCAUCCAAAUAGCUAACGUCGUCAAGCUCCAUGGCCAAGAGGACGAUGUGGUCGCCAGGAAUGUGUUCACGUUGAAGUCCUGCGCGCCCAUCGGACACGCGGAGGUCAGGAGCUUUGACAAGGAGGAGGAUAUGUUAAAUGCCUGGGCAGAUUUCUUGCGGGACAUCGAUCCUGACAUUUUGACGGGGUACAACAUCAAUAAUUUUGAUUUUCCGUUCCUUUUGGACAGAGCAAAACAUCUUAAGUUGUCACAGUUUGAUUAUUUGAGCAGAAUUUUAAAUGUGAAGUCAGUUGUGAAGGAAACAGUCACCCAAACGAAAAUUGGUAAGAGAACAUACAAAACAAUUAACUUUGAAGGCAGAGUACCUUAUGAUAUGUACCUGAUCAUGAAAAGGGAUUUCAAACUCAGGUCAUACACAUUAAACAGCGUCUGUACUGAAAUUUUGAGUGAACAAAAGGAAGAUGUACAUUAUAGUAUUAUUACGGACCUUCAAAACGGCGAUGAACAAACCCGAAGGAGAUUGGCGGUUUAUUGCCUGAAAGACGCCGAAUUGCCCCUAAGAUUAUUGCGAGCUGUUCAAAGUUUUACCAAUGAUGUGGAAAUGGCCAGAGUAACAGGCGUCCCCAUUACCAGUUUAAUCACCAAAGGAGAACAAGUCAAAGUUGUCGCCCAACUGUUACGACACGCUCGGCAACAUAAUUACUUCAUGCCAACACACCAAGGUGCACCAAGCUCUGAACAAUAUGAAGGCGCAACAGUCAUAGAACCCAUCAGAGGCUACUACACAGAACCAAUAGCUACUCUCGAUUUCAGUUCGCUGUAUCCCAGUAUCAUGAUAGCACACAACCUGUGCUACACCACCCUACUUAGGGAGCCCAUGAGGCAAAAACUGGGUUUGACGAGCGACCAAGUAACUCACACGCCGGCCGACUGUAUGUUUGUCAAGUCCACCGUGAGGCCAGGGUUGUUACCACACAUCUUGCAGCAUUUAUUGGGCGCCAGAAAGAAGGCGAAGGCACUUCUUAAAAACGAGACUGAUCCGAUGAUGAAGACGGUGUUGAACGGUCGACAGUUGGCUUAUAAAAUAUCGGCCAAUUCUGUCUACGGUUUUACCGGAGCACAAGUGGGAAAGUUACCCUGUUUGGAGAUUUCAGGCAGUGUGACAGCAUACGGUCGUACAAUGAUAGAAAAAACAAAGCAAGAGGUUGAGCAACACUACCGCAUAGAAAACGGCUACAAAAAUGAUGCCAAAGUAAUUUACGGUGAUACGGAUUCUGUGAUGGUUAAUUUUAAGGCAAAAACUCUGGAAGAAAGUAUGCAACUAGGUCGAGAAGCCGCUGAAUUGAUCAGUGCUAAAUUUAUAAAACCAAUUAAGCUAGAAUUUGAAAAGGUGUACUGUCCGUAUUUGUUGAUUAAUAAAAAACGUUAUGCUGGUCUUUACUUUACCAAUCCAGAAAAAUACGAUAAAAUGGACUGUAAAGGUAUUGAAACUGUCAGAAGAGAUAACUGCACCUUAGUUGUUGAUGUUAUUAAUACAUGUCUACAAAAAUUGCUAAUUGACAAGGACCCAGAUGGUGCAGUCAGUUAUACUAAGUUGGUGAUUGCUGAUUUGCUACAAAACAACGUGGACAUUUCCAAAUUAGUUAUAACCAAAGAAUUAACAAAGAACGAUUAUGCAGCUAAACAGGCUCACGUGGAAUUAGCUAAGAAAAUGACUAAAAGAGAUCCAGGAAAUGCGCCAAAACUUGGUGACAGAAUACCUUAUGUAAUAGUAGCUGGAGCCAAAAACGCCAAAGCUUUUGAAAAAGCUGAAGAUCCAAUUUAUGUGUUGGAGAAUAACAUACCAAUUGACGCCACGUAUUAUUUGGAGAACCAAAUUUCUAAACCUCUUAUCAGGAUUUUCGAACCAGUUUUGGGUGACAACACCGAAUCUAUUCUGUUGCGUGGAGAACAUACGAGGAGCAAGGCGAAAGUGACAUCAAAGGUGGGAGCCUUGGCUGCCUUCACCCAAAAAAAAGAAACUUGCAUAGGUUGUAAGUCUGUUUUGUCCAAAGAUUAUGAAAAAGAAGCGGUUUGUGCCUAUUGCAAACCUAAAGAGGCGUCAAUAUACCAACAAGAGCUCAGCCAUCACCGGAUGUUGGAAGACAGAUUUGCUGAACUUUUUACAGAAUGCCAAAGAUGCCAAGGUUCACUUCACGAGGAAAUUUUGUGUACCAGCAGAGAUUGUCCCAUUUUCUACAUUAGAAAGAAAGUGCAGGUUGAGUUGCAGGCCACCAAAAACAAAAUUGCUAGAUUUGGAGAGCCCAUAAUUGAAGAGGAUUUGUUUUAAAGUCCUCAUAUAUUGUUCUAUUUUUUAUACGUUACUUAUAAAUCAUUUGUAUUUUGUUUGUAAACAAUUUUGAGUUUUGUGUAUUUUACAAAAUGUUAAAUUAAACUUUCUUUAUAAUAUAAAAGAGUUUUUAUUUACCACCUUU